GCACUCCCUCCUCGCUCCGCUUUGCCGCGGAAGUUUGGCAGCGCCGGGCCGCCGUAGACGGGGUGAGCUGUUGAUUCCUGUCCGGCUGGAUGCAACGGCCAUUGUGUGCGGGCGCCUCGAGCUCGGUCCGCGUGUCCUCGCGCCCCUCGCCCGGGCCGCCAUGAGCGAGAAGGGGGAGCUGGACCUGACCGGGGCCAAGCAGAACACCGGCAUGUGGCUGGUGAAGGUGCCCAAGUAUUUGUCACAACAAUGGACUAAAGCUUCAGGAAGGGGUGAAGUAGGGAAGCUGAGGAUUGCUAAAAAUCAAGGAAGAACAGAAGUAUCGUUCACUUUGAAUGAAGAUCUUGCAAGUAUCAAUGAUAUUGGAGGAAAACCUGCUUCAGUCAGUGCACCUAGAGAACAUCCGUUUCUUUUGCAAAGUGUGGGAGGACAGAUGUUAACAGUGUUUACAGAAAGCUCAGUAGGUGGAGUAAGCCAACCAGGCCCCAAUUAUCACUACAUCUCCUUACCUCCAUGGAAUGUGUGGAAAGCCAGCCAGAGGAAAAAUCUGAGAGCAGCAAUGCAGGUAAGUGUUGGACUUGACUGCCUAAUACAUUUGAGAAAUUAUUUGCAUGUUAUAAAAACUAAGGGGUGGUGCCCCCUUUUCGCUAUGCUUGCUAACCCACUCCUCUCUGGAGGCAGGCAGCCCCAGCUCCCCUCCCCAGCCAUCAGGGAGAGCCAGGCCAAGGUGUGACAGCCAUGGCCUGUC